UUGCUCCCUCUGCUCAACAGGGCCUGAACGGAGCCUCCUGCACACAGUUUGCCCGGCACCUCCAGGGCGUUGGGCCACACUUCAGAUCGCAGCCAUGCUGACCCCAUUUACAGCUGUGCUGGGGCUCCUGGUCCUUCUGCCCCUCCUGGGGAAUAUUUACUUUCCCUACCUUUGGCUGGACCUGGUCUUUUUCUUCUCCUUAAUGCGUGCACAUUACAGAAUUUCGAAGUACCUCCAGCGCAAGCCUCCCUUCACCAUGCUGGACAUCUUCUUGGCCAAAGUCCAGAAACAUCCAGAGAAGCCCUUCAUUCUCUUUGAAGAGGAGACCUAUUCCUACCGAGACAUUGACCAGCGCAGCAGCCAGGUGGCGCGCGUGUUCCGGGGCCAUUUGGGGCUGAAAGGAGGAGAAACGGUGGCUGUUUUCUUGAAGAACACCCCUGCCUACAUCUGGGUCUGGCUGGGCCUGGAGAAGAUCGGCUGUGUCAUGGCCUGUGUCAACUACAACAUCCGAUCUGUAUCUCUGUUACAUGUGGUGAAUACCUGUGAGGCCAAGGUGCUUGUGACCACUUCAGAUUUGAAAGCUGCUAUCGAGGAAGUCAUGCCUUCUCUGCAGUCCAAAGGGAUACGAGUUUUCUACCUGGAUGACGACUCCCCAACGGAGGGCGUGGAAGCUUUGCUGGGAAGGAUCAGAGCCAGCUCCACUGAGCCAGUGCCUCCUUCCUUCAGAACCAGCAUGGGUGCUCUGUCUACAGCCCUGUAUGUUUUCACCUCUGGGACCACAGGGCUACCAAAAGCGGCUGUCAUCACCCAGAAGAAACUCAUCUCUAUAGCCAGCUUCUUCUGCUUAUCUGGGUUACAUGCCGGGGACAUCGUCUACACCCCUCUCCCACUGUACCACACGGCAGCCCUUCUUCUUGGGAUUGGAGGGUGCUUGGAGGUUGGGGCCACCUGCGUCUUGAGAUCUAAGUUCUCCGUUUCCCAUUUCUGGGAUGACUGCCGAAGAUACCGUGUCUCAGUGAUCCAGUACGUGGGAGAAGUGAUGAGUUACCUGUGCAAUGCACCAAAGAAGGACAAUGACCGUGACCACAGUGUGCGACUGGCAGUGGGCAAUGGCAUGCGGAUGGAGGUCUGGAAGGAGUUCUUGCGCCGCUUUGGACCCAUCCAGAUCUAUGAGUUCUACGGAGCUACAGAGGGGAAUGUCGGGUUUGUGAACUACACAGGGAAAGUAGGGGCUGUGGGAAGAGCCAGCUACUUCUUCAAGAAAUUGGCAAAUUUUGAACUUAUUAAAUAUGAUGUCAUCCAGAAUGAGCCCAUAAGGAACAAGGAGGGGCGUUGUAUCCCAGUGGCUACAGGGGAGACAGGCUUACUGGUGAGCAAGAUCACUAAGCUGAACCCAUUCUCGGGCUACACAGAAGAUCGCCAGACAUCAGAGAAGAUUCUGCGGGAUGUCUUUGAGAAAGGAGACUGCUUCUUCAACAGUGGUGACCUCCUGAUGCAAGACGAUGAAGGCUUUUUAUAUUUCCGGGACCGGGUGGGAGAUACUUUCCGGUGGAAAGGGGAGAAUGUGGCCACCACAGAGGUUGAGACCCUCCUGGCAAAGCUGGAGUUUAUCCAGGAAGUUAAUGUAUACGGGGUAGUGGUGCCAGGACACGAAGGAAAGGUCGGAAUGGCAGCCAUAAAGCUGAAAGAGGGUCUCUCCUUUGAUGGAAAGAAGUUGUAUGCACAUGCUCAGAGAUACCUGCCAAAGUAUGCCAUACCUCACUUUGUCCGCAUCAGGGACGCCCUGGAGAUCACAGGAACGUUCAAGCAGCGCAAAGUUCAGCUGGUGAAGGAAGGAUUUGACCCUGCUGCCAUCAGCGAUCCACUCUACUUCCUAGAUGCUUCUGAAAAAUGUUACGUGCCCAUGACUCAGCAGAUCUACAGCUCCAUCUUGGAGAAGAAGCUGAAGCUGUGAGAGAGGCUUCUAGGCACACCAUGCGAGUGUUGCCUUAAUGGGCCUCGUGGUGCAGGGAGCUCAGGAACAGCAACGGCUUCUUUGAGGAGAAACUGCCUGGGAUUUCAUGUGUUUGUGUGUGUUCUUGAAAAAUCUAUACACAACAGUUUGGGUAUUGUUCAUUGUAAAGUGUGUAUUUCGCUUUACCUCCCUCAUUGUGGACUGCGUCCUUCAGUGUCCUAGCAAAAUGUUUGCUCCAUGAAGUACAUAAUGGAAAAUAUAUGUUGUAGUCAGUAACAAUGGCUGCUUAGUUCCCUCCCCGGCUGGCUCACACACAUAGGGGCGAUUUUGUUCCCACUGCACAUACAGAUAUGUACCUAUAUUCAGAUGCAGUCUAUGGCCUAAUUUAAGCCAGGAGACAAUAGCAGGGAGCCAGGACUGGUCUUUUGUGGUUGCCCCUUUUGCUCUCAUUUCAGAGAGUGGGUCAUUCAUGGUUAAUGAUGACAUGUGGAAACGCUGCCAUUUAAACUUGGGUGAAUUGAUGCCCAGCCUCAAAAAGCAAUGGGUUGGAUCCAGGUUCUUGUCCUGCUGGAAGUGCCUUCCUCACCCCUCAUGGUAAUCUAUCCCGAUCCCUGAAAAUGCUACAGGGGCAGGAGGCCCCGAUGAAGGGGGUGAGCUAUGGUGUGUGUGGGAAUCCUUCCAAGCUGAGUGGAGGACCUUAUGUGAGCAGAGCCCUUCCACUCAUGGAAGGCUCCUUCCUUCUACAGGUUCUGGUUCCAACCACUAAGUGGCAUUCAUACCCCAUGAGUGGUACCUCCUGCGCCUCUGCUACCCAAGGAAGAAAUUCCAGGUGCUCUUCCAGCGAGUUCUGCAUGGUUAGAUAUUCCCUGAGGUAGAAUAUAGUAGAAGGGUCAAUCAAAGGUCCCUC